AUGGGGCAGCUAUUACAAGUAGUUUUACAUGAAUAUUUGCAUGUUUUACAAGAUGUCUUCUUUCUUGUAACAGUGAGAAAAGAUCCUGUAAAAAUACCAUCAAAUCUGGAAGUUGACGUAAUAGAUAUCACUAAUACAUGUGAAGAUUUACAUUUUAUCAAGCCAUUAUCCUUGUUUGAAGCUUCCCAGUGUGAAGAUAAGUUCCCAUUUGUUGCAGAAAUCUUAGAAAGUUCAAAAAGCACAUCUCUUAUGAAAGAUGAAAUAUUCUCUUCACUGAGGAAAGGGCAAAAGAUUGUUGUUCAAAAGAAGAAUCUUUCCAGAAAAAUUUUGGCCACCGCCAAUAAAGGAAAACUAUCUAGGUUCUUCUACAUUCAUGAUACAUAUCAGGGGAAAUUUCGUCAACGACCAAGAGAAUUUGCAACAAUUUAUGAUCUGUGGGCCCAAGUUACUGCAGGCUACAAAUUGAAAGUUGUAGUAACUCAGGACUGUGAAACAUCAGAGGGUCCUUCCCUGUACAUUGGAGACCAUCUUCAAGUUCUUAAUCAGACAAAAACCAGAAUAUCUACUGGAACGGGCUUACAAGAAGUAGAUCUUCUAGUAUGUCGAAGGGACUCAGGUGAUGAUGAGGAAGAAUCAGAGGAGGUCACACUCCCAUUGUACUUGGAAGGUCGUUUUGUCGAAGAGGUGACAAAUAACAAAAGAUACACCCUCAGCAACUUAAUUCAAUCAUUUAAACUUCCUUGUGAGAUGAAAGUUGUAGCUAAAGAUCCAUCUAUGAACACUGACCCCCUAUCAUCAUUUGCUUUUCUCAGACUGGAAGAGUUAAUCGAAGACCCCGUUUUAUUAAUUAGUGUGUUGGAAAAUCCUUUUGAGUGCUUUGAACUUCCUAUCAAAUAUUCUGACUUUUCCUUAAUUCUCCUUGAGGACACUGUCCCUAGUAGUAAAGAAUUAAAAACUAUAAAUCAUAUAGAAGAGUUAACAGAAUGUUUUUAUUAUGAAGUGCGGAAGCAAGUGCCAAACAAUGAACUUCCUCCACCAAGGCCCCCUAAAAGACAGGUCACAACCAAGGAAGAGAGUAAAUGCAACAUCAGCAAAACUCCAAAAAAAAGUGUACCCACUGACUUGAAGGUAAGUAUAAUAAAGUUUUAGGAUGAGUUUAAAUUCAUAACACAUUGUAUUAUACUGUUAUACAUAUAUUCAACCUAUUCGUAUAUUCUAUGUUGUGCGCGGUAAUAAUUUGUGUUUUGUAAUUUCUUCCUUAAAGGGACACUAUAGCCACCAAAACAACUUUACCGGUAUGAAGCAGUUUAGGUGUAUAGAUCAUGCCUCUGAAGUCUCCUUGAUCAUUUCCCUUGGUCGUCUUAUGGUUUAAAGACCACAAUAGGAUGUAUUUUAAAAAGCUCAGUAAAUCAUUAACAAAGCAAUAUAGGAUUACAUUUUUAAGUUGUAAAGGGAACCACCAGUUUUUGUACAUUAGGUCCAAUUUAAUGUUAGGAAUACUAUAGCAUUAGGAAUUCUGUUUAAUAUUCUGUAGGACCUACACUGAAAAACAAAUUAGUCUUAUAUUUUUAUUUAUUUAUUUAUUUUAUUGGUCCAUGUUUUAAAUUUCUUGUGAAAUAUUAAAAGUAACCACUGCAGGUAUAAUCUUGUUUCCAUUUUUCCUCCUACAUUCAUAUUGGCUUCUGCUAUUGCAGAGGAUCACAAUUAUUGAUAUAUUUUCCAUUUGCCUACGGUUCUUUUUUGACUGUUUUAUUUAUUUUCUUUUUUUCCAUUCCUUUUGGAUGUUGGUUAGUGUGUUGUAUUUUAAGCUUCAAUAUAAGUUAAGUUUUGUGAUGACCAUUAGUUUUACCAGUUACAAGGUUUUCUUUUUUUUGUCAAUUUCAAGUUCUGGAUUAUACCUAUUCUUUAAAGUGGGGGACCUUAGAGCCUUAUUCUUUAUUGUCAUAGCUUCCUACGUAAGGAAUGAUUAGCCCUAUUUUGUGCUCCCUACUUUGGUGGUAGAAGCCAGCAAUUUUGCUUUAUUAUCAGACUGCCUCAAGAAAAAGUUCAGGGGAGAGUAAAAAAUGAAGGGGGAGAGGGCAGCCCUGUGUAUUUCCGCAUUUAAUGUUUAUUGGCUUAGAUAGCAAUCAAUUAUCCAGAACCUGGUGUUAUGAAGAUGUGAUUAUAUUGUUGACACGAUCAUGCUAAGCAAUAUAUCAUUGUGUUUUGGUGGGUGGCUUUAUAAAGAAAAUAGAUAGAUUGGAUGCUUAUGAGGAAGCCUGUACAGAACUAAAUGCAUAAAGCAUUUAAAACAUUACAGAGAACAUGCCAUAAUAAGGCAUGAAAGUUAAACAAUUCUCUUCACAGAUGAGUGCUGUUAUGAAUGGGGUAGGUUGAGAGAUCCCUGAAGGUAUCUAACGAUGGUUGUCCACAUACAGGGCCGCCAUCAGGGCAUGACAACCGUAACGGUUGUCAUGGGCCCGGCGGUCCUGGGGGGCCCGGACUGCUCAGGUCGUCCGGGCCCCACAUUAAGUGGGUACAUACCGGGUCGCAGGGGGCCCUGCGACCCGGUAUGUACCCACAGGGCCAGCCUCUUCUCCUGGGGGGCCCAGCAGCCCCCCAGAGGCUGGCCCUGAAAGCCGGCCGGCGCGCGAGGGAGCACUCUCCUCUGCUGCUGCCUCUUCGGCUCCCUCGCGCACCGUACUGAAGCCGGAGCCGGAAGAUGACGUCAUCUUCCGACUCCGGCAUCAGUACGCAGCGCGCGAGGGGGCUAAAGAGGAAGCAGCAGAGGAGAGUGCUCCUCAAGUACAAUGGACUACCGGGGAGGAAAUUUAAGGAGGAAGGGGGAAAGAAAUUGGAGGGAGGAAGGAAAUGGGGGGAGGGGGGGGAGGAAGGAAAUGGGAGUGGGGAGGGGGGGAGGAAGGAAAUUGGAGGGGGGAGGAAGGAAAUUGAGGGGGGAGGGAAAGAAACUGGGGGGAGGGAAGGAACUUAAGGGAGGGAGGGAGGGGAUGUAGCCUUGAACAUGGAGGGGGGAGGAAAGAAAUUGAGGGAGGGAGGGGGAUUGAAGGAAACUUGUUGGGAGGGGGGAGGAAAGAAAUUGGAGGGAUGGGAGGGGGGAUGAAGGAAAUUUCUGCUGGGAGGGAGGGAAGGAAACUGGAGGGAGGGAGGGGGAUGAAAUGAAAUUUAUGGGAGGGGGAGGAAAGAAAUUUAAGGGGGCAGGGGGGGGAAUUUAAGGGAGGGGGGAGGAAAGAAAUUUAAGGGAGGGGUGGAGAGGAAGGAAAUUUGAGGGGGGAGAGGAAGGAAAUUUGAGGGGGAGGAAGGAAAUUUGAGGGAGGGAGGGGAAGGAAAUUUGGGGGAGUGGGAGGAAGGAAAUUUGAGGGGGGAGAAGGAAGUUGGGGAGGGGGGAGAAGAAGGAAAUUGGAGAAAGGGGGAGAAUAAGGAAAUUGGAGGGAGGGAGGGGGAGAAGAAGGAAAUUGGAGGGGGGAGAAGGAGAAGGAAAUUGACGGGGGGGAGGGGGAGAGAUUGACAUCCAUCACACACAAUGCACCCCUUACACACACUCAAUGCAUCCCUUACAGACGCACACACUGCAUCCCAUACAUACACAAACUCACCUUGCAGCCCUUACACAUACAAACACAGAUUCACACAAUGCAUUCCUUACACACAUCAGAACAUCCCCCCCACACACACUCCACCUCACACACAAUGCACCCCUUACACACACUCAAUGCAUCCCUUACAGACGCACACACUGCAUCCCAUACAUACACAAACUCACCUUGCAGCCCUUACACAUACAAACACAGAUUCACACAAUGCAUUCCUUACACACAUCAGGACAUCCCCCCACACACACUCCACCCCCUGUGAACAAACUCAUUGGUGGAACAUGAAGGUGGACCCUGGGACCUAGACCUUGAGCUGUGUAAAGGGCCCUCAAAAAAAUGGAGCUGAUUCCCGUUGAUCCCAGAACAUUGAUUUUUGUGACCACAGUUACAAAACGCCUCCAGAGAGCCUGUUCUACACCAGACCAGUGGAGCCAGACUGCAGCUAGAGCCCAUCAUCAUCCUCAUCUGGUUGUAAAUAGGCAAUCUAGUAUAUUAUUUGUGGCACUAAUCUCUAAUUUACCUCACAUUAAAGGGACACUAUAGUCCCUAGAACCACUACAGCUUAAUGUAGUGGUUCUGGUGUCUAGCCUGUCCCUGCAGGCCGUUUAAUGUAAACACGGCGGCACUGUAGCACUGGUGUUAGUUAACAUGGCAGAUCAUAUGGGUGGGGCAUUGUGAUGUCACAUGGGGGGGCGACAAACUUUACUUUUGCCUAGGGCGGCAAAAAUCCUUGCACCGGCCCUGCAGACACUGCAUUCCUGUGGGCGGACUCGGGGGGGGGCAGCACUUUGGGCGGACUCGGGUGCGGGCACCGGGGGGCCCAGACCUUGAGCUAUGUCAGGGGCCCCAAAAUUUCUGAUGGCAGCCCUGUCCACAUAUGCUGCACUGCUGAAGCACUCAUCUGUGGAAAGAAAUGCUUUGAAUAGCCUUGUGCAGGGAAGCUAAAGGUGGUUCAAAAUCGGGUAUGUCCUGAUACAUUUGGUAGAAAGUGGAGGAAUUGUUUUCCAGAGCAAUCUGUUUUUUGGGGGUUUUUUCUUUCGAGAGAAUAAGGCAUGUCAUUAGUUUAAUUCCUGGUCUCUACAUGAUAUAAAUUUUUGUUAAUAUUCCAAUUUGCUGAAAACUCCAAGUAGACAAUAAGAUUACAGCUGUAAUUUUAUAAUUCAUUCAUUUCCCCACAUGUCUUUACAAGGCUUUUUGCAGAACUAAAAUGCACUAAAAAUAAAUCCUAUAAGCUCCACGUACAUAUCUGAUUAUAUUUAAGUGCGUCAUAUCAUGAGGUCAUAAAGGUCAUGUUAUUCAAAAACAUUGAUCCUGUAAACAUGAUUAUUUGAUUCACACUUCUUCAUCAUAGGUGUUUUUACCAUUACAGAUAAGCACAACAGACUACAGGAAGCCCAAUGAGAAGUGGGGAUUGCACAGUGAUACUGAAUUGCCAGAGACCAGUGCUUUAUGCAAGAAUGAUACAUAUUCUCCACCCCCUCAAAAAUGUUCAGCUGAAAUAGGUAAGUAUCGCAGUUUCAAGGUUUUCCGGCAUUUAUCAGAUGCAGUUAUCUAUAUCUGGGAUACAAGAAUACAGAUUUAACCUCUUCCCUCCUAUCCAAGGAAUGUUAAGAAGCCCUCUGCUCUAUGACUGGUCUUCACCUAACAAAGAAAACAAAAUCUCUACCAAUGCUUUAGACAAUCCCUAGGUCUGGCUCAGAGGAAUUUCAAAUAUAACCUCUUCUCAUCCUUCACAAUUGAGUGUAUAUAAUGUAAUUAAAAUUGUGUUUGUAGCACACAAAAAAAAGGAAAGAAAAAUUACAAAUAAUUUGAACAUUUUUAAUAUUCAUUAUAAAGCUAAGGGGUUUAAUGUUUACAUAUGUUUGCAGGACAUUACUAAAACUGCUCAGAAUUUUAAAAAGCUGUAGCUGGUUGAAAAUCUAAACUCACACUCCUAGCCACAAAAAUAAGAAUCUAUAAAUCCCUGUAGGGGAAGGGUAAAACUGAUUGGAUUUUCAGGAAACCAGCCAUCAAUGGAUAAUCUUUAUAGGAGACUGAAAUAAAAACGUUGCAUAAAAAUAUUAUUGAAACCAUAAUAUCUAUCAUGGAUUACUGCAUAAUCCCUCGGGUGCCUAUUGUUUUAGAUCACAUCCCAUGCUAAUAUUAUUAUCAUUAUUAUUAUCAUGAUUUAUAAAGCACCAACAUAUAUCCGGCAGAGCUUUACAAGUAAAAAAGGGGGAUAUUUGACAACAAUAUCUUUGUUGAAUUAAGCUGAUAAAAGUGGUGUGGAGAAGUACCAAGCAGUGGCGGGAGAGAGAGUGAGCUGGGCCAUGGAGGUGAGGGUAGUGGUAAGGGCAGUGAAAUGAAAGAAAUGUCACAAAGGAAAAUGGAUUGCUUUCCAAAACAAUGUGAAUUCCUAAGAAACUGGAAAGCCAUUGAAAAACCUUGCAGAUGAGACUUGGCAAUUUGUGAAUGAGCAGAUGUCAGGAGAAGAUCAUUUGCAGAGCAAAUGUAAAGAGUAAGGAGGAAAUGUUGUGAGGAGUGGAGUUAAUGAGGGCUUUGUGGGUUAAUUUUUGCAGUUUGAAUUGGAUCCCGAAGGGUACAGGAAGCAAAUGUAAUCAAUGGCAAAAAUAUGAGAUGUCAGAGUAGUAGUCAGUCAGGAAGAUGAACCUGGCUGCAGUAUUCAUUGCAAACUGAGGGGAAAUGUGGGUAUGUGGAAGGCAGAUGACUAGUGAGUUGCAAUAGUCAAGUCAAGAAAUGAUGAGUGCAUGAACAAGUACCUUAGUUGUAUCCUCAGUUAGAAAAGGGCAAAAGCAGGCAAUAUUUUUAAGGUGGAAUUUACAGGAUCUGGAGACAGAUGGAUAUAAGCAGAAAAGACCCAAGUCAAAAGUAACACCAAGGUAGUGCGGUAAAGGGACUGGGGUAAUAGUUGUCCCAUUAACGUACAGGGAGACUGAUGGAGGAUGAUUAUAUGAGGGGGGUAAGAUGAGGAGUUCAGUUUUAGAAAGAUUAAAGGGACAUAAUACCCACCAAAACAAAAGUAGUUUUGGUAUAUAUAUCCAUUUCCUAGUCCCAUUGUUCAAUUAUGCACCAUUUAGGAGUUAAAUCACUUUGUUUUAUGUAGCCUUAGUCACACCUCCCGGCAUGUUACUUACAUGGCCUGCCUAAACACUUCCUGUAGAGUCAUCUAAUGUUUUCACUUCUACUGCAAAUUCUGUUUAAUUUAGAAUUUCUUAUCUCCUGCUCUGAUAAUAGCUUGCAAGACCCUGCAAAUAAACUUUUAAAGUAAGUUAAUAUCUGAUUGAAAAUGAAACCAUUUGGGCGGAGCCUGACUCUCAAGCUGGCCAGACGUGUUUGUCUGGAGCUCUGGCAAACCUGAGACUUUUCAAAGGGAAUUGUGCUGUUUGAGAGUGGGGACCACGACGGAAACAAGAGCGAGACAUAGGCGGCCGAUUCCCCGGCGGAGGGAACGUGCUCAUAGAGAAUACACUGAAGCCCCGUCGCCCCCUCUCUGGACCGGUGGGGGACAUCCUGGUCCCCACUGGAAUGAAGUACCACCUUGCAGCAACAGACCCAUCUCCAGCGGACCCUGAGUGGUACAUAAACACCCAGAGUGACGCUACCAAAAUGGCAACCGAGCCGCAACUAAGGCAGAGCAACCUGGGCCUAACGGCUCAAGAAUUGAGGGAAGCUUUUGAAGCCAAGUUUGAUGCAAUCUGCCAGGCGUUCUGGCAUAAACUCAAAGCAAGACCUUUCCUGCCAGCAUCUCCUGCCAAGAGGGUGCCCGACGCUACCAUCCCAUCUGCCCAAUACUCUUCUGGGCUGGGAGCCCACCAGGAGUUGACUCCAUGCCGUCCAUACACCCAAGGGGGCGCCCGGAAUGAGGAGAAUCCACUGGCCCACGAGCCGACCACCGAGAUUGGGAGGCUUCAUGGACACAAGACAAGGGCUCUCACUAAGGCCCAGAGCCGCAGAGGAGGGAAAUCGGGACACAGUGGGAACACUCAUACGAAACGGCGAACACACCAAAGCAAUGCAUGCCCCCCUCCUUCCCGUGGCCAUCAGCCACAGGGCCUGGCUGGGGAACACCAUGUCGAUCUGAGGGCAAGCAUUCUGAGUAGCACCGACAAUGCCACUUUGGGGGACAACACCAUAACAGCUGUUGGUGUCGGCUAAGUAAUGUUUAGAGAUACUGAGCCACGAGGCCUGAGAAACCGCUGUUUUAUAUCACAUUAUAUGAUAUCUUGUGUUGUUUACGCUACCCGGUUGUUUACUAGUCUUGGCAUGUUUAUUUUUCUUUAUAUCACCCCUUAUCACAAGCUCUACAUGUCUCAAAGACUCUGAUUGCAGCUAAAGUGGGAACUCAUACCAGUCCUGUUUAAGCAUGAUUAAUACUCUCAAGUAACGUGUAUUGAUUAAGCAAGGUUAGGUUAUACAUAACUCCUAAAGCCUGUUUGAUUAUGCCUUAACAUAACUAUGCAACACAAAAAAAGUGCUGUACUGCAAUGAGCAACUAUUAUCUCUUGUGUAAUGCUGGAUAUUGCUAUUGUAGCAUAUCACCCCUGCUUGUAACCAAAUCAUUCUUAUACUAUAAAGUAGUGAAUGUUAACUUCAAUACCCUGAUUGUUAAGAGAGAUAAGAAGCCAGAGGACUGCCGUUGGGGUACCUCAGUCCUGUAUGUACCCACCUUAUGCACUGCAAAAAUAUUUUUAAAAAAAAGAAAAUGAAACCAUUUUGUUUUCAUGCAGGCUGUGUCAGUGACAGCCAGAGAAUGGUGGCUAGGGCUGCAUAAACAGAAACAAAAGUGAUUUAACUCCUAAAUGACAGAGAAUUAAGCAGUGAGCUAAAGUUAUUAAGCAGUGACUAUAGUGUCCCUUUAAGUUUUUAUAAAACAGGAAGACAUCCAGUUAUAGAUGGAAGAGUGGGAGUUUGUGACACAUUCCAUGAGAGCAGGAGGAGGUCAGGGGAGGAGAGGUAAAUUUGUCUACCAUCAAAUGGUACUGAAAUCCAAAGAGGUUAAUAAGGUUACAGAGAGAGGCAGUGUAGAUGGAAAAUAAAAGAAGAUGAAGAACAGAGCCUUGGGGAACGCCAACUGAGACAGACAGGCAAACUAACAGACUUUGAUACAAUGUAUUUUCUUUAAACUAUCUAUUUAAAAUGUAGCAUUGUUUGCAAGUCAGGGCUAUCCUAAACUAAUAUAAAUCUACUUUAUACUCAUUCGUAUAGCAACACGCCACAGCAAACAAAAUAGAAACACAAGUAUUUGAAUCUCUGCGUAUUUAGUGUGCUCUCUAAAAUAAUAAAAUAACAGCAAAAAUAAUAUAUGAACAAUAUUAAGAAGCGGCUAAUCAUUGUAAUAAUUAGCCUAAAUACCCCAUAUAAAUAGUUCACUUUAUCUGCUAUUAUUCCAUAUAGCAUUCCAGCAUGUUUCUGACAACAAAAUAAUAAAAUAAAAUAAAAAUUAUAGAAAAUAUUUUGUUUAAUAUUGUAAAUAUACAUAUUUUUUAAAUCUCCAAAUUAACUAAAGAUCAGGGUAAAACAAACUCUAUAAAGACUCUUGAACCAUUAAAUGGUCUUUCUAAAGAUGCCAUUAUUUUUAUCAUAUCAUAUAAUUUACUAUAAAAAAAGUUAAAAAAACACACUAUUUCGAACUUUGACCCUGUAAAUCUGUUACACAUCUACAACCGCCAAAAAACAACCAUAUUAAAUUGUUUCUAAAUUUUGUCAUGAGUUUUGAAAUACCCAAUGUUAACAUGUUCUUAUUUCCAAACCAUUUUUUUCCCCAAAAUUAACAAUAGUUACAUUGUAACACUGAUAUCUAUCAGGAAUCCAUGAAUAACCCUUCACAUGUAUAUAUUUUUUAAAAGAAGACAACCUAAGGUAUUAAACUUGGGGUAUUUUGACUUUUUUCAUGCAACCAUUUUUCCACCAAUCUAUGCCAAAUUUAAAAAUAAUAAUAAUAAUAAGUGAUUUUUUUGACACACUUAGCAAUUUAAGAAUACAUGUCCUGAGAACUUUAAGGGUUACUGCCAAAGAACACCCCAAUAUGUGUUCAGCAACGAGUGAUACCACCCAUGUAUAGGUGUGUCUGGUUGUCUGGGGGCUAAAAUACUUUAUUUGGAGGGUGCUCAUUCCAGUUUUCCAACUUGGAGUUUUCACAUUUUCACUUGGAAUUUUCCUAUUUGGGACAUUUUUAAAUUUACCCCCAUCAAACCAUUUAUUUUCUGAAAAGUAGACAACCCAGGAUAUUCAAUAUGAGGUAUGUCUAGUCUUUUUUAUUAGCCAUUUAGUCACAAAAACUGGCCAAAGGUAGCAUUUAUAUUUGUUUGUCUGUUAAAAAUGCAAAAAACAAUUAUGAAUGCUAACUUUGGCUAGUGUUUGUGACUAAGUGACUACUAAAAAAGACGGAACCAUACCUUUGCCAUACCUCGGGAUAUCUUCUUUUGCAAAUGGUAUGCCAUCAUGGGGGUAAUUCUCAUUCCUGGGCUACCAUACACUCUCAAGGGCAACAUAACCAAUCUGGCAAAUUUCAAUGUGAAAAAAACAGCCUUAUACUUGACCCUGUAACUCUCAAAAACACUAUAAGAGCUAUACAUGGGGGAUACUGUUGUACUCGGGAGACUUCACUGAACAGAAAUAUUAGUGUUUCAAAACUGUAAAACGUAUCGCAAUAAUGAUAUCAGUGAAAGUACCGUUUGUGUGUGAAAAAUGCAAAAAAAUUCACUUUCACUGACAAUAUCAAUGCUCUGAUAUGUUUUACUGUUUUGAAACACCAAUAUUUUAGUUGCAAAAUUGCAAUCAAUAAAAUUAAUUAUGUAAAAAUAUUACAUAAAUAUGCACGUAGAAUUUAAAUAUAUAUACAUAUUUAUAUAUUUGAAGGCUACGUGUAUAUUUUUUAAAUUAUUUAUGUAAUUAUGUAUAUGGACAUAUGUAUAUUUCGUAUUAUUUUUAUUUAUUUAUAUAUACACAUAGAAAGAUAUAUAUAAUUUUAUUCUAAGUAUUAUAUAUAUAUAUAUAUAUAUUAAUAUCAAAACACAGUUAGAAUAAAAUACAUAUAUAUAUAUAUACACUUUUUGUAAAUUUGUUUUAUAAUUUUAAAAUUUUGCUAUUUAUUUUUAAUUGAUUAUUAUGUAACCGCAGGUGGUUCCCUUAUUUACCACUAUAAUGUCUUAAAGCAUAGAACUUAGUAGGGCUAACCAUACAGAUAUCUUAGCCAUAAUUUUAUAUAGUGUAAGAGAUCCUCUAUUUAACAUAUAUAAAUAAUUGAGAAUACAAUAUAAAAUAAGGAUUGUCUUGGAAGCAAUAGUUUUGUCUUUUGGAUAUUUAUUAUAUAAAAAUAUAAAAUCCAUUAUAGCAGAGUUUAUAAGAUUAAACUAAAUGCUUUCAAAUAUCAUUAAUAGGUUAACAUACCCUUCUGAACAUGUCAUCAUGUCAGCCUCUGUCAUUUUAAGAUGGAGCAGCGUCUGUCUCCAAGUCUCUCCUCUGUGUCUUAACAUUUAAAAGUACACCUAUUUAUACCUUAGGUGUCUCCAUUUUAGGGUUACUGUAGUUCAAAUAUGAAAAGUAACACUUCUUUUACUUUAUUCAAUUUAGGACCUCCCUUAACUUGGCAAACAUACAAGGCCAUAACUAAAGGGUGUAUACGUCAUGGAAAUUUUCCUGACUUAGUUCAAGAUGGCAUCUUAAAGUCUGAAUAGGUUAUCUGUUGUUUAUACUAAGUCGUAAGUGUACAGUCGUGGGAGAUUCCCGGAUUUGGGGAAGUUCCAUUAACUUGGGGUUACCACAGUAUAUUGUGUACUGAAAGAGUCGUAGCAUAGCCUUGAAGCUUGUUUAUGCAUUAUUGUAAUUCGUCUGGGACAAAAUAGAAUAAACAUAUUAUGCACUGAGGUUAUUGCUUAAAGAAACAUGUAUGAAAAACAAUAUGUUCCAUUUCUAACACCUUGUCAGUUUGCAAUAUCUCUUAAAGACAAAGUACACAGUUUAAGAAAUACAACAUUUCAUUCUAAAACUUGUAAUAUUUGCAUUUGCCCAUAACAAUUAAUUAUUUUUAUAAUAAUAUAUAUAUAUAUAUAUAUAUAUAUAUAUAUAUAUAUACAUACACACACACACACACACAAUAUAUAUAGUUAUUAUAUAUACACACACACACACACACACACACGUGUGUAAUUUUACUCUGUAUUUUUAUAUUACUAUAUGCAUAUAUGAAUAAAAAAAUACACUUAGUAUGACAAUAUAUACACACACACACACACACACACACACACACACAUAUCUCAUAUAUAUAUAUAUAUAUAUAUAUAUAUAUGUAUACAUAUAUAUUUUAUUAUUUAUUUAUUAACAUAAUUUUUUAUUGUAAAACUGUCAGUUCAGACAGUCCCUUUGCUGGCAGCACUAUGGACACCUAUUGCAGCCAUGUGACCAUUUUUUCAGUGGGUCCUGAUUUGCCAAGGGGGUACUGUCUGGGAUAUCAGACAGUCCCCCCAGAUGGAGAAUACUGAUCGCCGGCGGGGGAACUGCGGCGAUCGGGUAAGUGAAUGGGAGGGGAUUAAUAUUGGGGAGGGGGUUAGUAUUGGGGGGUUAAUACUUUAUUUAUUUGGGGGGCUUCCGAUGCUCUGCACUACACUGCUGGGCUCCACGUGGGGAAACCCAGAAGUGAUCGCUCCACGGGAGCGAUUACUUGGGGGACUGGCAGUCGGGGGGGAUAUUGCAGGAUGCCUCAACAUCGAGGCAUCACUGCAAUACCUUUAGAGCAGCUGGAAGUGAUCAUGAUCGCUUCCAGUGCUCAUAUUGGCAGCGGAUGCACAGGGUACAUCAGCAGUCUUUAAGGACCGUUUUUUUUACGUACCCUGUACAUCUGUGGUCACUAAGGGGUUAGUAUUCUGUUAAGACUAAUUAGAACAUGGAUAAGCCUCUUCUUAAUAUUGUACAUACUCUAAGCACCAAAAAACUAUUUUAGCUUAAAGGGACACUAUAGUCACCAAAACAACUUUAGCUUAAUGAGACAGUUUUGUUGUAUAGAUCACGCCCCUGCAGUCUCACUGCUCAAUUCUCUGCCAUUUAGGAAUCAAAUCACGUUGUUUAUGAACCCUUGUCACACCUCCCUGCAUGUGACUUGCACAGCCUUCAUAAACACGUCCUGUAAAGAGUCAUCUAAUAUUUAUCCUUCCUUUAUUGCAAGUUCUGUUUAAUUUAGAUUUUCUUAUCCCAUGCUAUGUUAAAAGCUUGCUAGACCCUGCAAGAGCCUCUUGUAUGUGAUUAAAGUUCAAUUUAUAGAGCAAGAGAUAAAAUUGUGUAAGGUGAAUUACAUCUGAUUGAAAGUGAAACCAUUUUUAUUUUAUUUUAUUUUUUUUUAUUUUUUUUAUGCAGGCUAUGUCAAUCAGAGCCAGGGGAGGUGUGGUAAUUGCUGCACAAACAGAAACAAAGUGAUUUAACUCCUAAUUUGCAGUAAAUUGAGCUGUGAAACCUGAGAGGCAUGCUCUAUACACUAAAAUUGCUUAAUUAAGCUAAAGUUGUUUAGGUGACUACAGUGUCACUUUAAUCAAUCUGCUUUUAUGUAAAUAUCAUGCUGCUGUCAGUUUGGAGUUAAAUUACUUUGUUUAUGCAGCCCUAGUCACCCCGCAUGUGACUUACACAGCCACCCUACACACUUCCUGCAAAGAGAGAGCUAAUGUUUAAACUUCCUAUUUUUGGCAGUGUGUUUAAUUUAGAAUUUGUUUGUUAAUAGAUCUAUUUGUUAAUUAAAACUUUUUUUAUUCAUCCAGGCUGUGUGAGUCACAGCAAAUGAGGUGUGGCUAUGCUUCAUUAACAGAAACAAAGGUAAUUUAACUCCUACAUGACAAAUAAUUUAGCAGUGACUCUCUACAGGGAUAUGAAAUAUAUAUUAAAGAUGAUUUAUUAAGAUAAAGUUGUGUUUGGUGCUAAGAGUAUCCCUUUCAUUUCAAGGUUGUAAAAUGAAUCCCUGAUUAUGAAAUCCACAUACUGGAGGGUCCAAAAUGUUAAAACUUCCUGGAUGGUGUGUGAUUACUGUGCCAGGAGUGCAUUAACACUCCCCCUUUUUUGUAGAUUUUGUUAGGGAGCUGGCACCAGGGCACCUCUGCUACCAUAGCAACUAUGAUGCACUGGAGUGUACUUACACCAUAAAUUGGUAUUUAUUUUGUACACAGAUUAUAUACAAGACCAUGACUAUGAAGAUUUGGAGGCUGAGCUGAAGAUGCUAAGUGUGACAAAUAAGAAAGCUUUUUAAAACAUGCAAAGGUAAGUCGCUUUGUUUUAAACAUUCCUAGCUGCAGGCAGAAGUCCAUUUUGACAGAUUUAUGUACUUCAUUUCUGGCAUUUAUUUACUCUUACCUUAUUGCUCAGAACUGUAUUAUGCUUACCUCAUUCACAGUUAAGGUUUUCAAGGACAAAUACAUUCUACUUUCAGACACUUCCACAGCAAAUGCAUAUUUGCACAGCUGUAGCAGUGUGUGCCCAUGAUCUGCUUGUUCUGAGAAAUUGGUUUUACCACUUCCAUGCCUGUGCUAAUGUGACCACUCCGCUUAUUCACAGCAAAUAUAUAUGUGGUUGUCUAAUCUAAUGAAACAUAAGAACAGGCAUGCAGACACUGAACUUUCCUCACACAGCACCCUCAGACACACGCAGAACCCAGAUACACACACAGCACCCAGACACACUGCUCACUCAGACAGACACUGCUCCCUCAGAAAGACAGCACCCUCACUCACACAGCACCCACUGAUUGGCCAGGGCUGUGCUUGAAUCAUGCUGGCUCUGCCCCGAUCUGCCUCUUUGUCAGUCUCAGCCAAUCUUAUGGGGAAGUAUUGUGAUUGGAUCAGGCUACCACUUCUGAUUAUGUCAGCAGACUGCUUGUUUUACUGAGUCAAACAGCAUGCAGAGUUACAGCUUCUGGCUUGAAUACAGUAAGAUUUUGCUACUUUUAGGGAGGCAUGAGGGGCCCAGGGGGGCUAGAUGGUGGUUUUAACCCGAUAGGGUCAGGAAUACACGUUUGUGUUCCUGAUCCUAUAGUGAUCCUUUAAUUAAUUCGGUCAUUGUGUGUAUAUAAUGCAAGCAAGCCUUAUACAUUGCUCAAUUUUAAAUUUUAAAUUCUUUUAUCUUUUCCCCUUUUCUAGAUGAAUUCUCACUUGGAGAAAAGAACAUUCUUUACUGUAACCAUUGUCCUAUUACUGAUCUUCAGUUGCUAGAGUGCUUCAAAUCUAUAUGUGUAUAUACAUUGAAACAGAAAAUGACAAAUGUUACACCUCAAUGUCUCAAUUCUCAAUCACAAUUAGAAUCUGCUGAUUAACAAAAUGUGCUUUUUUUUCUGUCCUUGGCUUGCUGACUCUAAUCAGCUGUUUGCAAUUCAAGCUUGAUAGUCUGAUGCUAAAAUAAAUAUUGUCUUUAUAUGCUGAAGAUUUAAAGGGCCCAGUGAAUAGGCUUAUAAACUAUUCCAAUUACAUAAAUCCUGCAUUGCCUGAGUAGAUCAGAGAAGAGAGCUUAUAUCUCUCCUGGAGGAAGUAAACCAAGUAAGUUGUUAAACCAUAUGCCUGCUGUAGUGGUUAUUGUGCUUGAAGUGUUCCUUUAACCCCUUAAGGACCAAACUUUUGGAAUAAAAGGGAAUCAUGACAUGUCACACAUGUCAUGUGUCCUUAAGGGGUUAAAAACUUGCAUCCUACAAGGGACAAGACUGCUCAUGGGAAACCUGGUUCAACAUUGGUUUGUUAUACUUUUUUUUUAAUUGAAAACUCAUAUAUUGAAAUAAAAAUCUGCAAAUAAAAAAGAUAG